GCUCUAGUAGCCUCUCUCGGUUGUCUCGGAUAUCUCUAUACACCGUCUCAACUCUCACCUUUCAACUCUUGAAUUUGCCCCAUCACGGAGUCUCUGUUACACCCAAAAUAAGGUCUAAUCCGCUAAAGGUUACACCUCAGUUGAGGAAGACAUCGUUGGCGAACCGUCCCCGCAAGCCAGCCAGGGCGAUGCGACGCAUCUGGAGGCGUGCGCGGGCCGAAUCCGUGCACGGCUACGCCGGAGUCCUAGUCCCGCUCGACGAGGCACACCUUCACAGCCAUUCUGCCAGGUGUGGCCGGACGGAGUUUGAAGAUGCCCCCGACGAUGCCGCAUCCGACCAAGGGGACGCCAGCAAGGACCGGGAUGACGAGGGCACCGGCAUGCUGGAGAUGAGCGCUGCCGAGUACAGCAUCGAAGGUCUGAGGAAGGCAGUGAGGAGUGGAGAGAGGGGGAAGCAGUGGUCCGAGUAUGAAAUGAAGUCGAAACUCAUAAACAAAGCUGUUCAGGACAUCGGCAUGGGGAGGUAUAACUGGCAACUGUUUGUCCUAUGUGGCUUUGGCUGGUUCGCAGACAACCUGUGGUUACAAGGUGUUUCUUUAACGCUUCCAUCCCUCUCGGCGGAAUUUGGCGUGUCGGAAAAGACCGUCCGAUAUACGACCAGUUCCGUAUUCGUUGGGCUGUGCUUUGGAAGCUUCUUCUGGGGCAUUGGUUCGGAUAUCAUGGGACGGCGCAUUGCUUUCAACCUCACACUAUUGAUCGCGAGCGUUUUCGGCAUUGCAUCUGCAUAUGCAUCGAGCUGGGGAGGAGUGUGUUUCAUGUUCGCCUUAUUAGGAUUCGGAGUUGGCGGAAACCUCCCAGUCGACGGUGCUCUGUUCUUGGAAUUCCUCCCCGAUGCCUCGAGCUCGCUCCUCACGCUCCUCUCCGUCUGGUGGCCGAUCGGGCAACUUGUCUCGUCCUUGAUCGCCUGGUUCUUCAUCGCCAACUGGCCCGUGGACCAAGGAUGGAGGCGGUUCAUCUUGACAAUCGGAAUCAUCACAUUCGUCAUGUUCCUCAUCCGCUUCUUCGUCUUCCACCUCUUUGAGUCACCCAAGUACCUCCUCUCCCAGGGUCGUCAGAAAGAAGCCGUGGCUGUUGUCCACGGGAUUGCAUACCGGAACGGGAAAAAGACGUGGUUGACCGAGGAUAUACUAGACGCUGUCGUCGACGGCACUGCAUCAUCACACGCACCUAGCCGGGUAUCAACAAGCAACAUUAUCAAGGACAGGCUGGCGUCCUUUUCAGCCGACCGCAUCCGCCCCUUCUUCACUAACCGAAAACUUGGUUUGGCGACGUCCAUCAUUUGGUUCUGUUGGGCCACCAUUGGCUUGGGGUAUCCCCUCUUCAACGCCUUUCUCCCCCAGUACUUGUCACAUGGGGGUUCGUCUCCACCAUCAGAUGCCGAUGCACCGGCAUCAGAGAUUACGGCAGACACAUAUCGAAGCUAUGCGAUAACAAGCCUUGCAGGUGUGCCGGGUAGUCUACUGGCCGCCUAUACCGUGGACCACCCAUCACCCUUCCUGGGCCGGCGAGGAACCCUAGCGAUUUCAACCUUUGUAUCCGGCAUAUUCCUGUUUGUCUUUGUCAAGUUUGGAACCUCGCCAUCCUCGCAGCUGCUCUUCUCGUCCAUCGAGGCCUUCGCGCAGAACAUCAUGUAUGGCGUGCUCUAUGCCUUCACCCCUGAGAUCUUCCCGGCGCCGAUAAGGGGAGCCGGCACCGGCGUGGCGAGCUUCUUGAACCGGGCCACCGGGUUAAUGGCUCCUAUAAUCGCUGCUAACAUCCCCGGGGAUGGCACCACGACGCCGAUUUACCUCUCUGGCGCUCUGAUCUUAGCGGCCUUUGUAGGGAUGUGUCUCAUUCCCAUCGAGACAAGAGGGAGGCAGAGAUUAUAGGGCCGAGGGGUUCAAUAAUAACAAUCCUACUGAAUCUUAAUUCGACGGAUUCCUGAAUAGAGUAGAAAUGUAUCUACGAAUGAAACAGACUGGAGAAAUAAUAUAUACUGCG